UAACCGGAAUCGAACAGCGCUCGACCUUAUGGGGGGGAGAGCGACGAAGAGAUUUCGCUGAAAAUUGAAUUUAUUUAUACGCACUUAUUAAACUGAUAAAGUCAAGGUCACGUCUCGGAUUAUGUAAUGCAUUCUCGUAGGCCUUCGUAGAGACAGAGAUCGAGACUUGUAUCCCGUAGCCACUACUAAGGGUACUAAAAGCGAGAUAAUGGCAGCGAGAAUAGCGAGAUUUGGAUCAUCAAGCCUCAGACCUUUGACAAGGGCUGUGUCUGUCCUGGGCCCCAAAGUAUGCAGUGGAAAGAAACAACUUCACACAGCACCUGUUGCAUGCUUCCCAAAGUGUGAAUUAACAUCAAAAAGGUAUCCAGUUGAAAGAGGUCCAUUUUCCCAAAUAACACCUGAAGAUAUCCAGUUCUUCACUGAGCUUCUUAGUCCACAUAGAAUCAUAACAGAGGAAUCAGAACUGGAGGGCCAUAACACUGACUGGCUAGGAAUGGUACGUGGAGCCUCCUCUGUUCUUCUGAAGCCUAAGACCACGGAGGAAGUAUCAGCCAUUCUUAGAUACUGUAAUCAACAUAAACUUGCAGUCUGCCCUCAAGGUGGGAACACAGGCCUAGUAGGAGGAAGUGUACCUGUUUUUGACGAAGUGAUCAUCUCCACAGCCUUAAUGAACCAAGUGGAAAGUGUAGACAGCUGGUCUGGUGUUGUAGUGUGCCAGUCUGGGUGUGUGCUGGAGGCUUUAGACCAGCAUGUAGCAGAGCAUGGUUUGAUGGUUCCUCUUGACCUGGGUGCUAAAGGGAGUUGCCAUAUCGGUGGGAAUGUUUCCACUAAUGCUGGUGGUCUCCGGUUGCUGCGAUAUGGAAGCCUUCAUGGAUCUGUCCUGGGAGUGGAAGCAGUGCUGGCCUCAGGAGAAAUCAUCAAUUGCUUGUCCACCAUGAAGAAAGACAACACAGGAUAUGACCUCAAACAUCUUUUUAUUGGUUCUGAAGGAACAUUAGGAAUAGUUACCAAGCUUGCCAUCAAUUGUCCUCCGAGACCUGCAGCUGUGAAUCUAGCUUUCCUAGGCCUCCAGAGUUUUGAUGAUGUUCUCCAAACAUUCAGAGAUGCAAAGUCAAAGCUGGGAGAGAUAUUAAGUUCCUGUGAGUUCAUUGACAGAAGUUCUCUGGAGUGUGUGGAAGAGAACUUAAAGUUGAAGUCACCCAUUGAGCCACAUCCUUAUUAUAUGCUCAUUGAAACAUCAGGUUCUAAUGGGGACCAUGAUGAAGAAAAGCUGAACACAUUUUUGGAGUAUGUAAUGAGCUCCGGCCAGGUGACGGAUGGCACUGUGGCAACUGAACCUUCAAGAAUUCAGCACAUUUGGAGUCUUAGAGAAAGAAUAGCUGAAUCCCUGAUUGCUGAUGGUUACACAUAUAAGUCAGUUGUUGUAUACGAUAUUUCUAUCCCCUUACCGCACUUCUAUAAGAUGGUAGAAGACAUGAGGGAACAUCUGGGCUCCAGCAUUAUUCGUUGUUGUGGAUAUGGACACAUAGGUGAUGGAAACCUUCACCUAAAUAUUACCAGCAAAGAAUAUGAAAAGGAGAUCCUCAAUCGAAUUGAACCGACAAUAUUUGAGUGGACCGCAAGAGUUAAAGGAAGCAUCAGUGCUGAGCACGGACUGGGAUUCAAGAAGAGGAACUACAUCCACUUCUCAAAGUCAGAUGGCGCGAUAGGCCUCAUGAAGCAGAUGAAGAAGAUCAUGGAUCCGAAUGGAAUACUCAACCCCUAUAAAGUUUUGCCUGAUAAUUAGGGGCACAGGGCAGUUCAUCAUCUGUGAUCGUUUUUUACUUGCAUUAACAUACUCAGGAGAUUAGUUUUUAUGAAUGAUUGUUGAAUUUAAAUUGUUUUCUGUACCAUCUGCUAUAGUUGGUUAAGUCAACUUCAUUGUGAUCAAAUUUUUAUAAAUGAUUGUUGAAUUUAAGUUGUUUUCUGUACCAUCUGCUAUAGUUGGUUAAGUCAACUUCAUUGUGAUCAAAUUUUUACCUCAUUUGUGUUAUUAGCAUUUGGUUAAAUAUCUUACUGAAAUAGAGAUUAGUAUUUGUAUCUUUCAAAGUAAUCAGAAUAAUGCACAUUUUACCAGCAUGAAGUUAUUGCUAGAGUGGAAUGGAAUGUUCCUAGAUGACAUGCUAUGGGUAAUUUAAAGUUAUUAAUGAAGGUCUACUUUGUCUGUGAUGUAGUUUCUUAAAAAUAUAUUGAAAAUAAGUAUAUAUGUAUGUUUGCCUGAUUUGAUUUAUUUCUCUGGAUGAUCACUGAGUACCAUAUGCUUAAAUAUGGUCUUUCUGUAAUAGUAAAAAAAUAUUGAGUACCAAUUAUAUCAAACAUACUAAUUUUUUCCACAAUGUACAGCUAUAUGAAGUCUGGGAAAAAAAGAUAAUCCAGAUAUAUUUUUUCAUUAGUAACUUAAUGGCAAAAAUUUAAUUGUAAAAAAGGUUACCUUUAAAGAUGUAGAAAUAAUCAAAAUACUUUGUAAUUAUUUGAACACCCAAAAAUAUAUUUUUCAGCAGAGUAU